UGGAUUUAUAUCAUGGUUUUGUGUGUGUGUGUGUUAAACUAUAAUAGUUAAAAAUGGUUAAAACGGAUAUUGUGUUCUUUAGAAGUUCUUUGUGAAGUUUUCAAAGUACUUUCUUUAGAAAUCAAUAUACUCCCUCUACCCAGAACUUCCUGGACCCUGUGCAUGCAGAUGGCAUUACCUGGAUCUUAAGGAGCAUCACGCAGAUAUCAAGGACAAUGGCCAAGAACAAAUUAAGAGGGCAGAAGUCCAGCAAUGUAUUUCACAUAGCCAGCCAAAAGAACUUUAAGUCCAAAAACAAAGCAAAACCAGUCACCACUAAUCUUAAAAAGAUAAACAUUGUAAAUGAUGAAAAAAUUUGUAGAGUGAAUAAUGCUUUUGUAAACAUUCAGAAGGAACUUGCAAAUUUCUCAAAAAGGCUUACUCUUGAACCACUGGAGAAAGAGCUGAAUCAGCAGCAUCAUGAAAAUGAACCAGUUAAUGUUGAUGAAGCUACAAGAUUAAUGGCUCAAUUGUAAUACAAUGGAGA